AUGUCUUUCAGUAUUGAAAACCUUCCGAAUUUUCAGCAAGGCUUUAAAAAUAUAUUGAACAAUAUCAAUAAUAUACAUGAGAAAGUGAUUAAUUUAACAAAAGAUGUGAAAGUGAAAGCGUAUACGGGAUGUAAAGAACGAAUUUCACGACGUCUAGGGUGUCAGAGUCGUUGUCCCGGUUGUGGCUCAAAGUGCAGUCGACCAGAACCACACGAAGAAGAAAUGUAUGAGCCAUGGUUUGAAUGUCAAUGCGUACCGAACAGUUGCACAUGUCAGCGACCUGUACCAAAACUUUUAAAUACUCAUGCGACUUCUCAUCAUAUUGCACAGGCUUUUUAUGGAAUGGCCUAUUACAAAGUAAACACACCAGUUCUCGAACUUUGUUAUCAACAUUGGAAGAGUGGUGCGAUGUUUGUUGGUGACAUCAAGAUCGCACCUCUACAAAAAUUCUACGACCAAUAUCAUCCAGAUUGGUGUGAUAAUUUGCAUCACCUAUCGACUGAAGGAGCAGCGUGUAAUGAGAGUAUCCCACCAGCAGAACAACGUCGUGCUUGGAUGAUUGUUCGUCACGUUCUUGUCCCACAUUACGCGUCUCGUGGUAUGGUUGAAGAAGAACACUAUGAUGAGAAGCUCUAUCCAUCGAACGUUGACGCAUUACCUGCUGACUUCAAACAAAAUUGGAACGAUACAAAUGACACUCCGGUUACGGAAGAAGGUAUCGACCCUUUUUGGAAAUGA